GGGUUGAAUUCCUCCCGCCGCCGAGCAUCGCUCGCCGCUGCCCGGCCCUGCGCACCGGCCACAGUGCCCAUGGCUCCGUACCGCAUCCGGCUGUACCGCGACGAGGACUACGCUGCCGUGCGCUCCCUGUUUGCCCACGGCAUCAUCGAGCACGCCCCGGCCAUCUACAGGCAUAUGCUGCGCUCCACACGGGUGCAGCUGGGGCUGCUGGCCCUGUUCACGGCCGUGCGUGCCACAGCUGGCAGCUGGUUGCUGGCACUGGCAGCCGUGGCGCUGGUGCUGGCGGCCGCCUGGCCCGUGAUGCGCUCCUUCAGCACGUCCUACGUGCAGGAGGCGCUGAUCACUGAUCUGUGCGACAUCGACAGCAGCUACAUGCGGGCGCCCGACUCCUGCUUCUGGGUGGUGGAGGCCGACGGGGCGGUGGUGGGAAUGGUGGCUGUGGCCCCGCCACAGGACCCGGCUCAGUGCGGGGAGGCCCUGGAGCUGAAGCGGAUGUCGGUCAGCAAGAAUCACCGCGGCCACGGCAUCUCCAAGGCGCUGUGCGGGGAGGUGCUGCGCUUCGCCCAGGCGCGGGGCUACAGAGCUGUGACGCUGUACACAUCCAUAGUGCAGGUGGUGGCUCAGCGGCUGUACGAGAAGCAGGGCUUCAGGAAGGUGGGUGCCAGCAGCCCCUCGCUGCUUGCCAGCCUGGUCUCCUUCCAGAUCUUCUAUUACCGCCUCGAGCUGCCCGGCCGCCCAUAGGGCCUUCCCUGUUCCUGUAGCACUGAGAAAUAAAGAGAGACUGUGGGAA